CGAUAGACUAAUCAACUUCCACUCAUCAAAAUAAAAAUAAAAAUCAGUUCUUUUUGGGGAAAACUGUUUCCAUGGCCUCAAUUUGAUGCCAGAAAGGCAAGGAGGCAAGCAAGGAAAGGAACAAAAACAGAGGAAAAGAAAAGAAAGGGAAAGAGAGAGAGAAAGAGAGAAGCAGCAAAUAGAGACACCGGGAGACGGAGAGGCCAGAGAGAGAGAGAGAGAAAGAGAGUUGCGUCACGCACUCACGUUCCUUUGGUUGGUUUGACCUGGUACACAUCUAGAGACCACGGGCGCUUUCUUUUAUCAAAGAUCUGUGAAUGCCUCAUUGUUAACACUCGAGGAUCAGGAGAGCGAGAGAGAGAGAGAGAGAGAUUGGGUUGGGAGUUGGAGGUGGAGGAGGAAGAGUUGAUGGUUCGAGGUAGAACCCACUGUCUGAUUUGUGGGAAAGUUUCCAUUUUUGUGUACAAAUUGAAAUUAUUCGCUGUCGGAUUGAUUGUUCUGUCUGGGUGGUACAAUGGAUAAGCACCGUAAAAGGGAAUGAAUUAUUCUGGGGAGGGAAAGGUUGAAUUAUAUUGAGGGAGAGGGGGAAAUUGGAGGUAGACAGCAGAAUUGAGUCUGUUCUUUUUCUUCUUCUUCUUGUGUGUGUGGGGAGAAAGGGUUGAAGAAGAUGGAAGAUCAUGCAGAGGACAAUGAUAUAGAGAUAGAGGGAGGAGGGUUCGGAGAUGACAAGGAAUUCGGGUUAAUGAAAGAGCCACUCCUUCUCAGGAACAGGCAGAACAAUACUUCCCAGAUUGCCAUUGUUGGUGCCAAUGUUUGCCCCAUUGAAAGCCUGGAUUAUGAGAUUGUUGAGAAUGAAUUGUUUAAGCAAGAUUGGAGGACUAGAAAGAAGAAUGAGAUAGUUCAAUAUGUUGUCCUUAAGUGGACACUUGCCCUUCUGAUUGGAUUUAGCACCGGGGUUGUUGGCUUUUUCAACAACCUUGCAGUUGAGAACAUCGCUGGUUUUAAGCUUAUGUGGACGAACAGUCUAAUGCUUCAGAACAAUACAGUUAUUACCUGGCAUUCGGAGCAUUUGCUGGUUGCAAUGCGGUGUUGGCUGUCGCCGCUGCUGCCCUCUGUGCGUACGGAGCCCCUGCUGCAGCAGGUUCUGGCAUACCCGAAGUUAAAGCAUACCUUAAUGGUGUAGAUGCUCCUUCUAUUUUGGCCCCAAGCACUCUCUUUGUGAAGAUUUUUGGGUCCAUCUUUGGAGUUGCUGCAGGGUUGGUCGUGGGAAAGGAGGGACCUAUGGUGCACACUGGAGCUUGCAUAGCUGCCUUUCUUGGACAAGGUGGUUCAAGGAAGUAUCACUUGACUUGGAGAUGGCUUAGGCACUUCAAGAACGAUAGGGAUCGACGAGAUUUAGUGACUUGUGGUGCUGCAGCUGGUGUGGCAGCUGCUUUUCGAGCUCCUGUUGGUGGUGUCCUAUUUGCUCUUGAAGAAGCUGCUUCAUGGUGGAGGAGUGCUCUACUUUGGAGAACUUUUUUUACAACGGCUGUUGUUGCAGUGGUGUUGAGAGGUUUCAUGGACUUCUGCAAGUCUGGAAAGUGUGGGCUAUUUGGGGAAGGCGGUCUUAUCAUGUUUGAUGUCAAUUCGUCGGUUGCCAGUUAUGGCACCCCAGAUCUAUUGGCAAUCAUCUUCCUUGGUGUGCUUGGGGGACUUCUGGGAAGCUUUUACAAUUAUCUAGUGGACAAGGUCCUUCGCACUUAUAGCAUCAUUAAUGAGAAGGGACCAAUAUUCAAGGUCCUACUUGUGCUGUGCAUCUCCCUUCUGACCUCGUGUUUCUCUUAUGGUCUCCCAUGGCUCUCAUCAUGCACUCCCUGCCCUCCCCACCUUAUGGAGGAGUGUCCCACUGCAGGUCGGUCUGGUAAUUACAAGAAUUUCCAGUGUUCAUCACACCAAUACAAUGAUCUCGCCUCUCUUUUCUUCAACACCAACGACGACGCCAUCAAAAAUUUACUCAGCCCAGGGGUCUCUAAACAGUUCCACAUCCCGACACUCCUUGUUUUCUUUAGCGCCAUAUUCUUCCUCGGCAUAAUCACAUAUGGCAUUGCAGUCCCUUCCGGUCUCUUCAUUCCUGUCAUUCUCGCUGGGGCAGUCAACGAUUCUGCAGUAAUAGUAGCUGUUGUUACUUGUAGACUUUCAUGGUGCGAAUGUGGCAGAAAAAAGAAAAACAGCUGCAAAAUAGGGGUAGCCAAGUCGUGA